CUUUGUUUUGCUUUUGUUGUUCAUUGUGCAAUCUGUCUACAAAACGUAGUUGAAAACUGUAAAUUUCAUAAAAUAUCUUGCGAUAAUUGAUCUAUUGUGAAUUAAAAAAUGUGCUUACAACAUUUUUAGACAGUUUCCAAGUCAUAAAAUAACGAUUUAUCUUGGUAAACUUAGUGGAGAUGUAGAAGUGUCGAACUGUGAAUUUAUGUUAAGCUGUAUCUUUUGUACAGUUUUGUGAGUUAAAUUUGGUGUAAAAAUUAUUUUUUAACAUGCCAGUAGACAUUAAUCAGUUAACCGACGGUUGGUUAACGCUAGAAAGUGAUUCAGGACUGUUUACUUUGUUAUUGGAAGACUUUGGAGUGAAAGGUGUCCAAGUGGAAGAGAUCUACGAUCUGCAAAAAUCCUUGGACAGUCCUGUUUACGGAUUUAUCUUCCUGUUUCGGUGGAUCGAAGAGCGAAGAUCACGUAGGAAAAUAGUAGACCAAAGUGACAUUUUUGUGAAAGAUGAGGAAAUUGUCAACAACAUAUUUUUCGCUCAACAAAUGGUUCCAAAUAGUUGUGCUACACAUUCGCUAUUGUCGGUGCUUUUGAAUUGUCCUAACAUACAUUUGGGAGAGACUUUGAGUCGUUUGAAGGUGCAUUCUUCUGGUAUGAACCCUGAGAAUAAAGGUUGGGCCAUUGGAAAUACGCCUGAGUUAGCUAAAGCUCAUAACUCUCAUGCUAUGCCUCAGGCUAAGAGAAAGCUUGAUAAAACGUCUGGAAUCAGUACUGGAAGAUACACCGGAGAAGCCUACCACUUCGUCAGUUACGUUCCCAUCAACGGGCGCCUGUUCGAGCUGGAUGGUCUGAAACCCUACCCCAUGGACCAUGGACCCUGGGGCGACGAGGAAGACUGGACCGAGAAGUUCCGCAAAGUCAUCGCAGAUCGUCCAGGUAUCACCACCGGUGAGAAAUACAACGACAUCCGGUUCAACCUGAUGGCUGUUGUACCCGACAAACGUCCAGGCAUCACCCAUAAACUAAACAUGUUGGAAACUAACAGACAGAUCGUCAUGGAGGCACUGCAACAACUCGUGAAACUCAACCACCCGGAUUUGGCGUCAGUUUCCCCGGGCGACAAAUCUGAACUGAAAACUGAACUUUCUAGUGGGGAAAGUAUGGAACCUUCAAAAGUCUCCCCGGGAUCUAAACGGAAAGAGGCUGUCCUUAAUGGGUUGGGGAGUGUUGAGGUGGGGGAUGGGGAUGUUCCUAACAAGAUCCCCAAAAAAUCGGUCACAGAUACUGUGGGAGGGGGGGAUGGUGUGGAAAUGAAGGUUGAAGAUGAGGGGUCAGGGUUGGUUACCUUGGAAGAGAAUUCAGAGGUUGAGGGGAGAGUUGAAGAGGAUGUGGGAGAAACCCUUGGGGGGAAAACAGCUGAUGAUGAUGCAGAUAGGAAGGAGGUGGUUUCUGAGGAGAGAGAAAGUAAGGUUGAGAUAGAAUCUAGAGGGAUUACUGAGGGUGGAUCUGAUUUAUCAAUUCUGUCGAAAAUUUCCCUGAUUGUAACAUCUGAAAACAACGAGGUGGUGAAGAGUGAAAUCUUGGAGAAGACCAAACCUGAUUACUCCACCCCUCUCACCAUCCAAACCUCCCCCACCCCUAGCACAUCAAGCACUGACACAUCCUCAGAGGUUGGGAGUGCUUUCAACUCCCCAACCCAAGGCUGGGGGUGGAACUCGGGGGGACAGAACUCUCCCAACUCCUCCACCAAAGACUUGAAGAAAUUCGUGGUGAUCAGGGUGGCUAUGGCAGGAUCUUCAGGUUAUCUAGGAGUUGGGGAUGACAAGAUGGACCCCACCAGGAAGGGGUUCAGGAAGGUGUGUUUAGAAGCUGGUGCACUCCCUAAGAAUUGGGAAAGGGCCCCGGGGUCCAAACUGGGGAACCUGAGGGUGAUAAGCCCCCUAGCAUUAAGUGAUGGCAAGUUUAAACACUCCCCUUCCAAAUUAUCCUCACCUGCUGGUGACCGAUUAAACCCCCCAGUAGAAACCCAUCAACACACCUUCGCCCCCAAAGAUCUCCUAGCACUCUUGAGGAACCUGGAAGUUGAGAUUAGUGUCUGUGAGGGGAACCUACGUGACGAAAACGAGAAACGCAAGAAAUACAAAGUGGAUGAUUGUAGACGUACUCAUAACUAUGACGAAUUUAUCUGCACGUUUUUAUCGAUGCUUGCCCAACAAGGGAAACUAGCCGACUUGGUUCAACAGCAUCUAGUGGUCCAAAGGAAACAGGGUGUGCCUCAGGUUAAGAAUGUUACUCAACCCAGGGCUAAUUUGCAAAAUAAGAAACCGGAAACUAAGUUUUUGGGGUCGACUGUUAGUGCAGGGUACAGUAAAAAGGGGAAGAAGAGUACAAAGCAUAGGAAACGAAGGUAGAUUCAUUCACUUUUAACUGUCAGGUACCUUAUAGCAUAGAGAAACAAUAGCGUAAGUAGAUAUCCCAUGGUAUAGGGCGUUUAUGUCGCAACUUGUACUGUUAUCUGAAGCCGAUUACUGUCGAUUUUUACUGUUUUGACCGGGUAAGAGUGUAUGAACGGCACAGUAUGAGAGACUGCCAGCGUCAUAAAGCUUCACAGGAAAGAACUACGUGAACUAUCGGUUUGGGAUAACAGUAAAAGUUGCGACAUAAACGCCCUAUACCAUGGGAUAUCUACUUAUGCUAUUGUUUCUCUAUGGUCAUAGGGAUAACAUUAAUGCUCCCCCGUCAACUAUGCUGAUAGAUCAAGAUUUAAAGCUUUAAUCCGUUCAUUUAAAUUUUGCUGUAUUAACUAUAAGUGAGCUGGAUACUGUAUAGUACUUUUGCUUACAGUAUCUUAGAACUUACAUGAUGUAAAUCAUACAUUUUCCAUAGUGAGGUCCACGUUAUAAUGUCGUGUU